CUCGGCGGGGCGGCCCUGGCGCCCGGCUCCCGGUGCCCGGCCGGCUGGAGGAGGAGGGCGGAGACGGGCGGGCGGGAGCGGAGCGAGGGGCGCACGUCCGCCCCAGCGCUGGGAUUUCUCGGCUUGCGAGGAGAGCGGAGCAGGCGCGCGGCCCAGGCGGAGGAGCGCUGACUCUGGAGCAGCCGGAGCUGGAGGAGGAGGAGGAGGAGAGGCGGCGGGAAAGGAGGAGGAGGGGGAGAGUCGCUCCCGCCCGGCGAGCAUGGGGCGCCUGGCGCCGAGGCCUCUGCUGCUGGCGCUCCUGUCGCUGGCUCUUUGUCGAGGGCGUGUGGUGAGGGUCCCCGCGGGGAGUCUGGUGCGGGUGGUGGGCACUGAACUGGUCAUCCCCUGCAACGUCAGCGACUACGACGGCCCCAGCGAGCAGAACUUUGACUGGAGCUUCUUGGCCUCGGGCAGCAGCUUCGUGGAGCUCGCCAGCACUUGGGAGGUGGGCUUCCCCGCCCAGCUGUACCGUGAGCGCCUGCAGAGGGGUGACAUCGUGCUGCGGCGGACGGCCAACGACGCCGUGGAGCUGCACAUAAAGAACGUCCAGCCCUCAGACCAAGGCCACUACAAGUGUUCCACCCCCAGCACGGAUGCCACCGUCCAGGGCAACUAUGAGGAUACAGUGCAAGUUAAAGUGCUGCCGGAUGCUCUGCGCGUGGCCGCCGGCCCGCAGCCCUCCCCGGGCCCCAGCCUGCGCGAGGGCGAGCCCUUCGAGCUGCGCUGCUCGGCCUCCACCGCGUCGCCGCUGCACACGCACCUGGCGCUGCUUUGGGAGGUGUGGCGCGGCCCCGCCCGCCGGAGCAUCCUCUCCCUGACCCACGAGGGCAGGUUGCGGCCCGGCCCCAGCUACGAGCAGCGCUACCGCAGCGGAGACGUGCGCCUGGACACCGUGGGGAGCGACGGGUACCGCCUCUCCGUGUCCCGGGCCCUGGCCUCCGACCAGGGUUCCUACCGGUGCAUCGUCAGCGAGUGGAUCGGAGAGCAGGGUAACUGGCAAGAAAUUCAAGAAAAAGCCGUGGAUGUGGCCACCGUGGUGAUCCAGCCAACAGUUCUUCGAGCCGCUGUGGCCAGGAAUGUGUCUGUGGCUGAAGGAAAGGAGCUGGACCUGACCUGCAACAUCACAAUGGACCGAGCGGACGACGUCCGACCCACGGUGACGUGGUACUUCAGCAGGACGCCUGACAGCACCUUGCCCGGCCCCCGUGUGUUGGCUCGGCUGGACCAUGAUUCCCUGGUGCACAACUCUCCUCACAUGGCCUUGAGUCACGUGGAUGCACGCUCCUACCAUUUACUGGUUCGAGAUGUUAGCAAAGAAAAUGCUGGCUACUAUUUCUGCCACGUGGUGCUCUGGACACCCGGGCACAACAGGAGCUGGCAUAAGGUGGCAGAGGCCAUGUCGGCCCCAGCUGCUGUGGCUGUGACCUGGCGAGAACCAGACUAUCAGGUGUACCUGAAUGCUUCUAAGGUCCCUGAGUUCUCAGAUGACCUCACCGAGCUGGAAUGCCGGAUAGUGGAUGUGGAGAGCACCGAGGCGAGUGUCCGUUUCACUGUGUCCUGGUACUACAGGGUGAUCCGGCGCAGCGAUGACGUGGCGGCCAGCGAGCUCCUUGCCGUCAUGAACGGGGACUGGACACUGAAGUAUGGAGAGAGGAGCAAGCAACGGGCCCAGGACGGAGACUUCAUUUUUUCUAAGGAGCGUACAGACACGUUCAAUUUCCGAAUCCAAAGGACUACAGAGGAAGACAGGGGCAAUUAUUACUGUGUUGUGUCUGCCUGGACCAAACAGCGUAACAACAGCUGGGUGAAGAGCAAGGACGUCUUCUCCAAACCUGUCAGCAUAUUUUGGGCAUCAGAAGAUUCUGUGCUUGUGGUGAAGGCAAGGCAGCCCAAGCCUUUCUUUGCUGCCGGAAAUACAUUUGAGAUGACUUGCAAAGUGUCUUCCAAAAAUAUUAAGUCGCCACGCUACUCGGUUCUCAUCAUGGCUGAGAAGCCUGUUGGGGACCUCUCCAGUCCUAACGAAACCAAGUACAUCAUCUCCCUGGACCAGGAUUCUGUGGUGAAGCUGGAGAACUGGACAGAUGCAUCGCGGGUGGAUGGAGUUGUGUUAGAGAAAGUGCAGGAAGAUGAAUUUCGCUAUCGAAUGUACCAGACUCAGGUCUCGGAUGCAGGGCUGUACCGCUGCAUGGUGACAGCCUGGUCUCCUGUUAGGGGCAGCCUGUGGCGAGAAGCAGCAACCAGUCUCUCCAAUCCUAUUGAGAUAGACUUCCAAACCUCAGGUGAGCAGGGAACCGUGUUGAAUCCUAGAUUGAGCUGGAAGGGACCCUAG